CUACAUUGGAUUAUUUCAUGUCUCUGAAGCACAUACGUGUAUGUUUGGUCUCUGUUAUUUAGGUUAAACUCCAAUACAAUUAAACCUUUUAAUUAUUGAAAAUAACAUUAUACGUUCAAAACAAACCCAUCUCCAUCUCUCUACCCAACUAAACUCGAUUUGUAGCUUGACCUGUUGUAUGUGAAAUUAUAAUAACUUGGUUGCCAAGCCAGCAACACCACUACCAGCACCUUGACCAUCACCCAAAUGGACAAAUAUAACAAACCCAAAUCCUAGUUCAAAGGUUUGUCUAGUAGUUGUCUUUCCUCAACCACCCCAUAAUUUUUUUUUUCUUAUAUGUCAGUCCACUUCGCAUUUGCUUUAAUCCCUAUAAUUUUCUUUCCUUUUGCUUGGUUGUUGAUAAACAAAUAUGCGAGAUAGAAUGGAAAAGCUUGUUCUCCUUCCUUUCUCCAUUGGUUGCGUCUCUGAAUCAAGUGUGGCAAUUGGUGUGCACCACCCCAGAAGAACCAAGCAGCCACCAGCUCCUCAUCGCACUAACCCACCUCUAAUAAGAAAAAAAGAAGACGAUGAGGAAAGCUUAUCAAGCACUGAGAGUAUGAAGAAUGAACUGAAAUUUCUUGCUGUUUCAAAGCCUAAUACAUCAGAUCGGUUUCAUAGGCUUGUCAAGGGUUUCAAGACCUUCUCUCAAUUAUUUGUGGAUGAAGAAGAACUGGAAAUGGAAAUAGGGGUCCCAACAGAUGUGAAGCACGUGACACAUAUAGGGUGGGAUGGCUCAGAAAAUAAUAACCCACUUCAGGGGUGGGACAAUCUCAUUUCUUCAGAGUUAGCUCUCUCUUCAACCUCCUGCUUCUCUAAGGCAAUUUGAGCUUUCCAUGGUUUCACAGCCUGAUUCUUAACCUACUCUUGUUAAUUAGGCCUUCCUCUGUUUAUGAUUACUAGUCGAUAAGAGAUAUGCCUAUGAUGAUGACGAUGAUAAUGAUGCAUAUACAUGAUGGUUUUAUAUUUAAACUUUAAAAAAAAAAUUAUAUCAAAUUUCAAUAUAUUUCCCAAUCUUA